AUGGUCAACUCCUGUUGUGGAUCCGUGUGCUCUAAUCAAGGCUGUGGCCAGGAGACCUGCUGCAGACCCAGCUGCUGUGUGUCCAGCUGCUGCCGUCCCAGCUGCUGUGGUUCCUGUUGCUGCCGCCCCAGCUGCUGUGUGUCCAGCUGCUGCAGACCCAGCUGCUGUGGUUCCUGUUGCUGCCGACCCAGCUGCUGUGGUUCCUGUUGCUGCCGCCCCAGCUGCUGUGUGUCCAGCUGCUGCAGACCCAGCUGCUGUGGUUCCUGUUGCUGCCGACCCAGCUGCUGUGGUUCCUGUUGCUGCCGACCCAGCUGCUGUGGUUCCUGUUGCUGCCGCCCCAGCUGCUGUGUGUCCAGCUGCUGCAGACCCAGCUGCUGUGGUUCCUGUUGCUGCCGCCCCAGCUGCUGUGGUUCCUGUUGCUGCCGACCCAGCUGCUGUGGUUCCUGUUGCUGCCGCCCCAGCUGCUGUGUGUCCAGCUGCUGCCGCCCCAGCUGCUGUGGUUUCAUCUGUUGCAGGCCCUGCUGCUGCCGUCCAGUCUGCUGCCAGACCACCUGCUGUAAAACAACCUGCUGCCGCCCCAGCUGCUGUGGUGGUUCUUGCUGCUGA